ACCGGCUGCGGGGCAAGAUGGAGGCGCUGAUUUUGGAACCCUCCUUGUAUACUGUCAAAGCCAUUCUUAUUCUAGACAAUGAUGGAGAUCGACUCUUUGCCAAGUACUAUGAUGACACCUACCCUAGUGUCAAGGAGCAAAAGGCCUUCGAGAAGAAUAUUUUCAACAAGACCCAUCGGACUGACAGUGAAAUUGCCCUCCUGGAAGGUCUGACAGUGGUCUACAAAAGCAGCAUUGAUCUCUAUUUUUAUGUGAUUGGCAGCUCCUAUGAAAAUGAGCUGAUGCUCAUGGCCGUUCUGAAUUGCCUCUUUGACUCACUGAGCCAGAUGCUGAGGAAAAAUGUAGAAAAGCGAGCUCUGCUGGAAAACAUGGAGGGGCUCUUCUUGGCUGUGGAUGAAAUUGUAGAUGGAGGGGUGAUUCUAGAGAGUGAUCCCCAGCAAGUGGUACACCGGGUGGCAUUGAGGGGCGAGGAUGUCCCCCUCACGGAGCAGACAGUGUCCCAGGUGCUGCAGUCGGCCAAAGAACAAAUCAAGUGGUCGCUGCUUCGGUGAAGACGCCCCAUUCCUGGCUCCUUACAGCCUCCCACCAGGCCACUUGUCUGCUGUGACUUCUCAUCCAGGCCCCCAGUCGAUGCUCUCAGGGUCAUCUUGGGGAUCACAGGGAUCUUAGAUCUCCCCAUUCUGUCUAUGGUGAUUCCCCCCCCCCCCCCAGCUUGUUCGUGCUUCCUGUUCCUUCCCUCUUUUUUCUGGGAGUAAAGCUCCAGCCAGGCUGGUUUAGUCUUGGGGACAAGGAGUCACCCUCUUUGCUUUUAGAAUGGAUUAUACUCCCAAGCUCUCCUACCCCUGAAUUUACUCCUCACUUACUCCUCAGCGUCUGUGCCCUUUGUUGCAGCUACAAUUCAGAUCAAAGCAAGAGAAAGAAUGUGCUGAGUGUUUUCCUCCCUCUGCCUUUACCCAGCCUUCAUCCCAGCAGCCCAUAUGUCUGUCCAGCCCAGGGAGGGAGAAUUCCUCUCUCCAGAAGGUGG